CGGUCCCUCCAGGCCACUGGACCUGCAGUGUCUCCGCGGGUACUCAAACCAGCUCAGGACCGUGCGGGAUCGGGGGUCCCGAGCCCCGGGGUUGGGGCGGCUUCUGGGCAUUGGAGCCUGGGGCUGAGACUAUCCAGAGAGUGACGGCGGCUGGCCGGCGCCAGUGAUAAAAUACGAGGCCCAGCCUAGUGCCAAGGGGUCAGAAAUAGGUGGGGGCAGAGAGGAGAACUCCCUGAGAGCCACAAACUGGAGAAUAGACGCCCCUUGGCUAGUCUAGGGGCUUGUCUGGAGGAGGCCCAGGAUCACUAAGGAAGCAGAACUAGCGGUAGUAUAGGAAACAGCCUGUGUGAUGUCACAGAGCCGGGAGCACUGCAAGGUGCAGGGGACGACUUUCCGUGAAGAAAGAGAAUGUCAUAUCAAUGGAAUCAUAUGCUGUGUAACCUUUUGAGACUUGCUUCUGUCACUCAGCACAAUGCCUUUCAGACUCAUCCAUCUUGUGUAUAUGAGAAGUCUGGACCUAAAGCCAACAAAUCAACAGUAAAGCAGCAGGACAUUUUCAAUGAAGGUUCAUUCCAAGGAAUAAAGAUGGAAGAAAUUACAAAGAGAAAGUCUGUAUUGGGAGAAACCUGGAAAUCUAGAGGCCAGUUUAAGAAUCAGCACCUAAACCAGGAGAAUUAUCUGGGACAAGAUAUACUCACCUGCAUGGAAAUUCCUGCCAAAGAAAGAGAUAUAGAGUCUAAUGAAUUUGGAAAAGGUUUCAGUAUAAGAUCAGUAGUUGUUUUGGAGCAGAAUGAUCCUGUAGGAGAGUGUUGUCAUGAAUAUGGUACACCUGGAAAAAUAUUCCAACAAAACUCAGAUUUAAUUAGACAGAAGAAGUGUGAUGGAAAGAAACCUUGUAAAUGUAGUGAAUGUGGGAAAACCUUCAGAGACCACACUACUCUUAUUCAGCAUCAAAGAACUCAUACUGGAGAGCGACCCUAUAAAUGUAAUGAAUGUGGAAAGAGGUUUAACCAGAGUUCCCACUUAACAAACCAUCAGAAGACUCAUACAGGAGAAAAGCCCUACAAAUGCAAUGAAUGUGGGAAGGCCUUCAGUUAUUGCUCAGUCCUUAUUCAACAUCAGAGAAUUCAUAGUGGGGAGAGACCUUAUGAGUGCGUUGAAUGUGGCAAGACAUUCAGUCGUAGUACAUACCUUACUCAGCAUCAAAGAAUUCACACUGGUGAGAAACCCUAUAAAUGUCUCGAAUGUGGGAAGGCUUUUAGCCAGAGCACACAUCUUACUCUCCAUCAGAGAAUUCAUACUGGAGAGAAACCUUAUGAAUGCAAUGAAUGUGGUAAAACCUUUAGUCAGAGUGCACAUCUUACUCAACAUCAAAGAAUUCACACAGGAGAAAAGCCCUAUGAAUGUAAUGAAUGUGGGAAAGCCUUCAGUGAUCACUCAGCUCUUAUUCGACAUCAUAUUGUCCAUACUGGCGAGAAACCUUAUGAAUGUAAUGACUGUGGGAAAGCUUUCAGUUACUGUUCAGACCUUAUUCAACAUCAAAGAAUGCAUACUGGAGAGAAACCAUACAGAUGCAAUGAAUGUGGGAGUUCCUUUAGUGAUUGUUCAGCCCUUAUUCAGCAUCAAAGAACUCACACUGGAGAGAAGCCCUACGAGUGUAAUGAAUGUGGGAAAGCUUUUGGUAACUACUCAGCUCUUAUUCGACAUCAAAGAAUUCAUACUGGAGAGAAACCCUAUGAAUGUAAGGAAUGUGGAAAAGCCUUCAGCAGAAGUACAUACCUUACUCAACAUCAGAGAAGUCAUACAGGAGAGAAACCAUAUAAAUGUAAUGAAUGUGAGAAAAGUUUCACCCAGAGUUCAUUCCUUACUCAACACAUGAGAGUUCAUACUGGAGAAAAACCCUACAAAUGUAUUGAAUGUGGGAAAGCUUUUAGUGACCGCUCAGGGCAUAUUCAGCAUCAGAGAACUCACACUGGAGAGAAGCCCUAUGAAUGUAAUGAUUGUGGGAAAGCUUUCAGUUUCUGUUCAGCUCUUAUUCAGCAUAAGAGAGUUCAUACUGGGGAGAAGCCCUAUAAAUGCAAUGACUGUGGAAAAGCCUUCAGUGAUCGGUCAGCACUUAUUCAACAUCAGAGAACUCACACUGGAGAAAAGCCCUAUAAAUGUAAUGUAUGUGGAAAAGCCUUCAGUCAGAGUACAAACCUCACAAAUCACCAGAAAACUCAUACUAGUGAAAAAUCUUAUAAAUGUAAUGAAUGUGGGAAAGCUUUUAGUUACUGUUCAGGCCUUAUUCAACAUCAGAUGACUCAUAGUGGAGAGAAACCUUAUGAAUGCAGUAAAUGUGGGAAAGCCUUCAGCUGGAGGACAGACCAUAAAAAACAUCAGAAAACUCAUACUGAAGAGAAACUCUACAAAUGUAAUGAGUGUGGGAAAGCCUUUAGCCAGAGCACAUAUCUUACAAAACACCAGAAAAUUCAUAGUUGAGAGAAAGCAAAUACACAUACUGAAUGUAGGAAAACCUUCAGACAAAACUCUUCUGUUCCGCAUGAAAAACCUCACACUGGAGAGAAGUCCUCUGAAUACCUUGGGAGUUUGGCCAGUAUGGUGACUCUUCCCAAGGAAACAGAAGGAGGAUCUUGAAAACUGUCAGCUACCUAGAGUGGCCACAUGGCUUAGUGGAAAGAGCACAAUUCUGAGUUUUAGAAGUCCUGGACUCUAAUUUCAGCUCUCUUACUAACUAGGUCUAGUACUUACUUCAGGGUAAGUUACUUUACCUCUUUAGACCUUAAUUUAUUCAUCUGAAAAAUUGGAAUGCCUGAUUAAUCUUUAAGAUUCACAUUUAUUUUAUUUACUACUAGUGCAGGCUUUUAUAGAUGUGAUUCUUAAUUUGUGACUUAUUUAUAAUAAAUACAUCAGGUGUGAUUCACAGUGUGAGCAUGUAGUAGUCAUUAAGGAUUCAAUAAAAAUGUAGACCACAUGCUAUAUAUACUAUUUAUUACCUUUGCAUUGGUUCUCCAAAGUUCAGCAUAUCAUGAAUAUUGAAGAAAAUUGAGAGAUAAAAUAGUAUAAGUUCUAUGAAUUAUUGCAGUGGGAAAGUUGAGAUCUUUUCUUGGUUAAGAAUCUGGUUGUUAGAUAAAACCUUAGAAAAGAAUGAACUAAAAUGUUGGUAAAGGCUAGAUUACCUAGAAUCUGUCCAAACUUAGUCUUGAAAUAUAAACUUUCUCUACUAAGUUUAGUAUGGUUGCCAUCAUGUCCCAGAUGAAAAGGAACUAGAAAACAUGUCUUGGGCAGGUUACCAAGAAAAGAUGAAAUUGGAAAGUUUGUUAUUUCCAUACCUAAAUAUAUGAAGGCCAGGUGGAUGAGAAUAAAUGCUGAGAUCCAACACAUCUAGAAAAGUCUAUUGUUCUAUUGUCUGACUUUUUCCUGUGACUACAGAGACAAUGGCCUGAAAAUAUGAAGAUUUACCCCAGAAACCUGUGAUUUUAUUGACCAGCUAGGGACAGAAAAAAGAUAGAACUUAUCCAAUGUAUGGUUUUGGAGACUCUUCUAGACUUACUGAAUCUGGAGUUCAUUUUGGUGUCCAAGAAGAUUGUUCACACGUAAGGGUAGAUUAUUAUGGACUUGCUACACAAGCUUUGAGAAAACCUGGACUUAAGGAAGUUGUGUUUAAGCCUGACUGAAUUUAUGUAUCCUUC